UUGUUAACCAAUUCCUCGUUAGCUCGAAUGGAAAUGUCCGUCUCUGACUAAUUUGUAUUUGUUGCGUUUAGGAUUUUGAGAGUAGGAAGUGUAGUCAAAAUUAUUAAUUAGCUUCAUAUCAUGCCAUGUCCCCCCUGCCUCAGGUUUCGACACAAAGAACAGGCAGAGCGGUCUUGCAACGAGACAACCAAUGUGGCUACAGGAUAACGUUAAAUUGUACCCAGGAAUCCAGAGCGGUUUCGUUGCAACAAUAAUCGUUGAUUAGUCAAUCAACAUGUGUGAGGGUCAAAUGGCUACCUAACUAAAGCUAUUGCUUCAUUUUGUCGACAUUAUAUUUCGAAUGAAACAUUUGCUAGCUACGGUUAGCUUGCUAGCGUCCCAUUUAGCAAACAACCAUUCACUUGGUCAGCGAAAUUAAACUAAUUCGGUAGACAUGCUAGCUAACCGUUUUCUAGCAACCUAACCUGGCUAGUUAGCUAAACUAGACACGGUUUAGCUAGCUAGCCAGUCAACAGUAAGUGCCUUUCAACAAUUCAGCUAUUUGAGCAAACCAUGUCCUUUGCUCCAGAUGGAAGAAGACCGUUCCACCACCGACGCCUCCCAGCUAACGUUAGGUAUCUCUGGAGAAUACAUGUCAGGAGGAUAUGUGCUCCAGUCUCAAGAUGAUGAUGGAGAGGAGAGUCUGAACGACCAUGAUGACGGGGGCAUGAAAGAGAACUUCCGGGAGCAGGACAUCUACCUCCCCAUCGCUAACGUGGCACGCAUAAUGAAGAACGGCAUCCCACAGACCGGGAAGAUAGCGAAAGACGCCAAGGAGUGUGUGCAGGAGUGUGUGAGCGAGUUCAUCAGCUUUAUCACGUCGGAGGCCAGUGAGCGCUGCCACCAGGAGAAAAGAAAGACCAUCAACGGAGAGGACAUCCUGUUUGCCAUGUCAACCCUGGGAUUCGACAUGUACUUGGAGCCUCUCAAACUCUACCUGCAGAAGUUCAGAGAGGCAAUGAAGGGGGAGAAGGGAAUCCCAGGUGUGUCGGUGGGAGAGGGCCUGGGGGAGGAGCUUACAGACGAUAGCUUCACGAAUCAACUGCCAGCCGGAAUAAUAACGGCCGACGGCCAACAGCAGAACGUCAUGGUGUACACCACCUCAUAUCAACAGAUUCCUGGCGUGCAGCAGAUCCAGUUCUCAUGACGAGGCCUAGCUCCUGCUCUGACCGUGGCGGCCAUCGACCGCACAGACACAGGACUGAAGGCUAACCAUAGGCUGAGUGUAUGACCCCACUGUCAAAAGGUCAAAGGCAAUCGUCAGAUGGACGGGAGGUCUUGGAAGGGGCGCUGUUAUGGGUGGGAAGGGAUGUGGUGGUUGACAACCCUGUCAUGUAAAUGUACAAGUCUGUUCUCUAAAUGUAGUAUGUAGUCAUGAGGUGCCACAAGGUUUGGAGUGCAGCUUUCAACCAGGUUGGGAUACUUGAUUUUUAAUGCUAUUCGGACCACUUAGUUUGUUUUUGUACAUUGAUUGUUUUAUGCAGGUUUGGGAGGAAUGGGAAGUUCUUUAUUUGUUGCCCACUCUUCUUUGAACCAUGAGGAGAGGUGCCCUUAAUGUCAGCUCUUUUCUAAGUGAAUAAACUAGUACCAUGUGCUUUAAUGUGACUUAAAUCCUUUGAAUAAAAAUCCAAAUGACCCAAUA